AUGGUAUAAUGGUAGGGUUUCAUCGUUUCGUUGGUUUCGUUGAACGAUUCACUUGUAUAGAUUGUUUUGUUUUGUGAUUAAUUUAAUAAAAACGAUCAAAUCAUACAUUUUAUCAUGAUUUCGUUUAAAAUAUCGAGCGUGGUUCCCAUUGAGAAACGUUAUAAGUCAAUCUACGUUUUGUGAUCUUUAAGCAAUAGUAGUGAUAUUUUCCCACAUAAUUAUGGUUAACUGACGUUAGACUGUGCAUCCUCAAUUAUGGCAGAGCCAGGUUAUUACCACAGUGAUUAUGUUCGACACCCAGUUCUCCAGGAGCUCGGUGUCAAGUAUGGUAUUAAAACGGAGUGUAUUCCAGAAAUAGCUUUGCCGUCUAAGUUGGAAGAGCUCAAGGAUGUCAUACGUAGAGAAAUACGUAAAGAACUUAAAAUAAAAGAGGGUGCUGAGAAAUUACGCGAGGUGGCUACUGAUAGAAGAUCGCUCUCAGAUGUCGCCAACAUCGUGAAAAAGGCCAAUAUCAAGCUCAAUGAACUCAAAUCGGACUUACAAGAACUGGAGUCUCAGCUCCUACUGUCUCGCGGCCAGUCCACUCCUACCUCACCCGAGGACCUUUCUUACGAUGAAGAGAUUAUUCUCGCUUCUGAAGCAGCCCAACAACAAAGGCAACUUGGUGAAGCUACGACAGACCGCAAACUGGCAUCACUUGAAAAACAGCUAAACAUAGAGCUGAAAGUGAAACAGGGUGCCGAAAAUAUGAUACAAAGUAUCAGCAGCAGCAACCAAUCCAGGGACAAGAAGCUACUUGCUGAAGCUCACCAAAUGCUAGCUGACUCUAAAGACAAAAUUGAAUAUUUAAAGUUACGUAUUUCUAAGCUGAGUAAACAACAAAGAGGUGACACUGCAGGUGCAAAUGGAGAUGGAAAGAGUUCUGAUAUAAGUGGAGUAGCUGCACUGUUGGAUGAAAGAAUUGCUGAACUCCGAAACCGAUUAAGAAUUGAGGCAGCUGUUGUGGAGGGGUCUAAGAAUGCCAUAAGACUAUUACAGAGUGACAAGAAAGUAACUGACAAAAAAGCUUUGCAAGAAGCUCAAACAAGCCUUUUAGAAUCAUCACAAAAGUUGGAUUUGUUACGCAGGUCUCUGGACAUGCGUAGACAGGAGCUUCCUUCUGAGAGUCCUGCAUUUAUAGAAUUAGGACAUGAGUUACGUAGUACAGGAUCUAGCCCUGGAUAUGUGAGCUUAUCAGGUGGUAGUGGCUCUCGCGCUCAGUUUCUAUCUCCUGCACCUUUGAUCAGUCCUUGUGUCCAAGUCACUGGCACAUUAGAAGUAAGAUUGAUGGGUUGUCAAGAUUUGCUAGAAGAUGUGCCCGGCAGAACCCGUCGUGAUCCUAUGGCCAGCCCUUCAGAUUUGAAGUCAUUUGUUAAGGGAGUUACAAUACGUAAUUCAAUGAAGUACACAUACAGCAUAAAGGAAGACACAAGUAAUGAAAUAAUGGCUGUUUUAAAACUAGACAACCAUAAUGUUGCUCAGACCAGUUGGAGGCCAUGCUCACAACAAGCAUGGGAUCAAAGAUUCACCAUAAAACUGGAUAAAUCAAGAGAACUGGAAAUUGGCAUCCACUGGAAGGAUUGGCGUGGGCUUUGUGCUGUUAAAGUGUUAAGAUUGGAAGAAUUUAUCGACGAUAUUCGACACGGAAUGGCGUUGGAGCUUGAACCUCAAGGUCUUCUCUUUGCAGAAAUUAAGUUCUUAAAUCCGAUUAUUUCAAGAAAACCCAAACUACAACGUCAAAGGAAAAUUAUCAAGCAACAAGGCAAGAAUAUACCUAGGCCUUCAUAUGGCGAAAUGCACAUUCCAGCUGUUGUGCUAGGCAGGCUCUUAAAACGCUCUUCUCCCUCAAUUCAAAACAUUCAAACUGCUCAUAUGAAUCAAUCUCAGCAACAUAGCUUUGAAUCUGCAUCCAUUGAUAACAGAGAAAUUGAAAAUCCUAAUAUAACUUUAGGAGGUAUGGCAGGAAUAAGACCAUUGGGUCUUCCUUCCACACCUGUCACACCUCAACUGCCAACCACCCCCCCUACUCAGCCAACUUUGCCAUUUCAACCUCCUCCUAAUGUUUCUACUUUGAGAAUGGAGAAAGAACUCCAAGAAGCAUUUGCAUUUUUAGAAGAUUCUUAUACAAGGGAUAAUUAUGUCACAAAAGAACCUCAAACACCAUCUUGUGAUACACCUUUAGUGGAGUAUCCACCUUCACCAUCCCCCAAAUUGGUUUUAGAAUUUCCUAGCAAUGAAGACCAAAUUGUUGAAGUUACUAGUAACAUGAGAAUUUCCUCUUCUCGUUCGUCAUCAGUAAUAGAUACUAUGGGGAAGGAACAGGAUUCCAGAAGGCAAUCUGGAGACAUGUCUAUGGAAAGUUUCAGAUUAUUGAGUGUCCUAGGCAGAGGGCACUUUGGCAAAGUAAUUCUUGCUCAAUACAGACCCACUAAUGAAUAUUUUGCAAUAAAAGCUUUAAAAAAAGGUGAUAUCAUAGCCAGAGAUGAAGUAGAUUCUUUGCUGUCUGAAAAGAGGAUCUUUGAGGUGGCAAAUGCCAUCAGACAUCCAUUUUUGGUUAAUUUAUUUGCAUGUUUCCAAACCGAACAACAUGUAUGUUUUGUGAUGGAAUAUGCAGCAGGGGGUGAUCUGAUGAUGCACAUUCAUGCUGAUGUGUUCACUGAACCUAGGGCAGUUUUUUAUGCAGCUUGUGUAGUAUUAGGCCUACAGUAUUUACAUGAAAAUAAUAUUAUAUAUAGAGAUUUAAAGUUAGACAACUUACUUUUAGACACUGAGGGGUAUGUUAAGAUAGCUGAUUUUGGUCUUUGCAAAGAAGGUAUGGGAUGGGGCGAUCGCACUGGUACAUUUUGCGGUACCCCAGAAUUUCUUGCCCCUGAAGUUUUAACUGAAACUUCAUAUACUCGAGCUGUAGAUUGGUGGGGACUUGGCGUUCUCAUAUUCGAAAUGUUGGUUGGCGAGUCGCCCUUCCCCGGAGAAGACGAAGGCGAAGUGUUUGAUUCCAUUGUUAAUGAUGAAGUUCGUUAUCCUAGAACAUUGUCUUUAGAAGCCAUUGCCCUUAUGCGUCGCUUGUUAAGAAAGAAUCCUGAGCGACGUUUAGGCUCUUCUGAAAGGGACGCAGAGGAUGUUAAGAAACAAGCUUUCUUCCGUAAUGUUAAUUGGGAACAACUACUUUUACGUAAAGUAAAGCCACCAUUUGUGCCAACAAUAAAUAAUUUAGAAGAUGUGAGCAACUUUGAUAGUGAAUUCACGUCUGAGGCAGCAGUGUUGACGCCACCCAAAGAACCCCGCCCGCUCUCUGCCACAGAUCAUAAGUUGUUCCAUGACUUUACGUACAUGGCAGAUUGGUGCUAGACUAGUUUUCUUUCAACCAAUUUAAAGUUAGUUUAUAAUUUCAUGAUAUUAAUAGACAACUAUAAACCCCCAUUGCCUUACAAAGUGUGUGAAGAUUUCUGUAUUUUGAUAAUAACACUGUUAUCUAUACAAAGGAGUAUCUAAUAAUGUAGAUUCUCUUGUUAACUUGUAUUUAAUGCAGUUAAAUGCAAUAUUUUAUAAUAAGCUGUAUAAUUUAAUGUUCUUACAUAGUGCUAAUGUUUAUUUUUUUAAAAUGACGUGUUAUAGAUUUAUAUAUUGUGUAGUUAUGAAAUUAACUUAGAUACUAAUAAUAAUGUUAAGUGAAGGCGUGUCAAAUCAUAUUACGUUUUCAGUCAAUUGUAUUCAGUAAAAUAAAGGUAUCACCAACAUA